AUGCAAAUAUUGAAAUUGCCAUGGUUAGGUCAUAAAAGUAUGUAUACUACACUGUUAGGAUGCCUUAUGUUUAUGCUAACAAUUAUACCCAGCUGAGAAUAAAAAUAUUGAAUGUUAUUCAGUCACUAUAAAUCAUAAUGGUACAAGAUUAGCCAGUGGUGGAUUAGAUGGUAAUAUUAAAAUAUGGGACAUUAAAACAAUACAAUCAUUUUACAAACUAUCUACUGAUUUAAAGAUAUCACCAAUUGAACUUCCUGAUAAAUCUAUACAACGUCCAUUAUGUUCAAUGUCGAGACAUAAUGGAGUAGUUACAAGUUUAAAAUUUUCACCAGAUAAUAGAUGGUUAGCUUCUGGAUCAGAUGAUAAAAUUGUAUUAAUUUGGGAGAUAGAUAAUCUGCAAAGACCAAAAUCAUCAUUCGGUAUUGAAGAAGAAGAUCUUGAACAUUGGACAGUUCGAAAAAGAUUAGUUGCUCAUGAUAAUGAUAUUCAAGAUAUUUGUUGGAGUCCCGAUGGUAAUUUAUUAAUAACAGUUGGAUUAGAUAGAUCAAUUAUAAUAUGGAAUGGAUUAACGUUUGAAAGAAUUAAACGAUAUGAUAUUCAUCAAUCUAUGGUAAAAGGGGUAGUUUUCGAUCCGGCAAAUAAAUUCUUUGCCACUGCUUCUGAUGAUAGAACAGUUAGAAUAUUCAGAUAUUACAAGAAACUCAAUGAAUAUAAUAAUUAUGAAUUUCAAAUGGAACAUAUUGUAACUGAACCAUUUAAAAAAUCACCAUUAACUUCAUAUUUUAAAAGAAUGAGUUGGAGUCCAGAUGGUCAACAUAUUGCUGUUCCAAAUGCAACUAAUGGACCUGUAAGUUCUGUUGUUAUUAUAAAUAGAGGAAAUUGGGAUACUAAUGUUUCAUUAAUUGGUCAUGAAGCUCCAGUUGAAGUUUGUUCAUUUUCUCCAAAAUUAUUCCAAGAAACAGCAACAACGAAUGAAGAUGAUAAAUUUCAUACAAUUUUAGCCACAGGUGGUCAGGAUCGAACUUUGGCAAUUUGGUCAACUUCAAAUUCGAGACCAAUUGUGAUUUGUGCAGACAUUGUAGAGAAAACAAUAACUGAUAUUUGUUGGAAUUUUAAUGGAGAGGAAUUGUUCUUUAGUUGUUUAGAUGGAUCAAUUACAUGUAUUAAGUUUGAAAGUAAUGAGUUGGGUAAAGUUGUAAGUGAACAAAUUAUAGAUCAACAAUUGAAUAGAUAUGGAGCAGAUAGAGAACAAACAAUACUUCCAGAAAGUAUAGAUCAAUUGAAACUUGAAGAACAAUCAAAGGAUGCAAGGGCAAUACAAUUGAGAAGAAUGAUGCCUAUUGAAAAAAAACCAGAACCAGUACCAACACCAUCACCAAUAACACCAAAUUUAAUGACUAAAAUAGUUAUAGAUACAGAAAAAUUAAGAAAACAGACUGUUACAAUAACGAAAUCGGGAAAGAAAAGAGUUAGUCCAUUACUUGUAUCAUCAUCACAAACAACUACCGAACAACCAGUUGAAAAGAAACGUAAAAUUAAUCAAAUUUCAAAUAUAAAAUUAUCACAACAGUCAUAUCAUUUACCAAAACUGGGAAUAUCUACAACUAUAUAUGGCCUUAAAAAGAAAGAAACAAGUAUACCAGCAGUCAAACCUAUUGAAGAUGAUAAUGAUAAUGAAGAUAUGAAUCAAGAAGAAACAACGACAUUAAAUUCUCAAACAGUUUCUGAACAAGCAUUGAAACGACAGAAAAAUAGAAAUAGACGUAAGGUAAUGGAGCUGAAAUAUCCUACUUCUUUCAAGUUUAUUAGUAAUUUACCAGAGGUUGUAUUUACGAAUAAUGGAUUAUUGAAUGUGGAAAUAAACAAAAUAUAUAAAAACUAUAACAAAAACAAAGAAAAAGAUAUAAUUGCUGAGAUUUCAACUAGUUCAUCAUUGGAAUUCGAUGAGGAUGUGAUAUUUUCAGUCAUUUAUAAACUGAUAAACCAUAAACAAAAAGAAAAUCAAAUUUUAAACAUCCCCUUGUCAGAUAUAACAACUACAAUAGAAGUACGUAAUGGUAAGCCAUGGAAUGAUGACGAUAAUACGGAUAGAGAUUUCGAUGAUCCGACAAAAGUAAUAAUAUCAAAUGUAAAAAAUCAAGAGAGAAGUUUAGUUAUGUUUUUCCCAUUUAGAAUUCAACAUAUCCUUCCAAUAAUCAUAUCAAAUGAAUUCAAAUAUAUCCUAUUUUGUUCAUUCAACGGAAGUAUUGUAAUAAUUUCUGCAAGUACAGGUAGAUAUAUUUGUCCAACUAUCGAAAUUGGAGAGAAUAUAAUCACACUUCUUAACAAGAAUGAGUACAUUUUAAUUCUUACAAGUUCGGGAUUGAUAUAUGGUUGGAAUUUGAAAAGCAUGAAGAAUAUAUAUAAGAAAGUAUCAAUCGCUACUAUUUUGAAUAACUUCGAAAUUAAGGAAAAUAAAGUAAUUAUGCCAAUUGUGAAAUUUAUUGAUAUUAAUGAAAGUAAUGGAAGUCCAUUGGUAAUGAUUGAACAUGAUUAUAAUGUGUAUGAAUAUGAUUUGGAAUUAGAAUGUUGGAUUAAAUUGAUUGAUUCGUGGUACUAUCAGGUUGAUAGAGAUUUCAGUAUUGAUAAUGAGUCAGUUGAUAAGAUGAUUUAUAGACUGAAAUUGAUAUAUGAUAACGAUAGAAAGUUGCAAAAGAUAUAUAGUUAUAAAUUUAAAGAUGACAAUGAAUUACUACCGAUUAUGAAAUUACGAAAUAAUGAAAUGAUUGAAAAUAUACAUUAA